CACACACACACGCACGCACGCACUACACCUUUGGCACUUUUUAGCACUACAAAUUCGCAUCCCACCCCUCGCUUACCCUUCAUUCAACAUCAACUUGUUUCUCUCCUCUCCUCUUCUUUGCUUGUUAGCUGCUUCCUCUCAGCUGCCCCUCACCUCCUGCUAUAUACCUUUCUUCAACACUGCUCAAAAUCCUCUGAUCAACUUUGCUCCUCAAUUUCCUCCCUAUCUAAUUAAGGACAUUUGUUUUUUUCACCUAUUUGCGACCCUUUUGGCCUGUCAUCAUGACCACCAUAUUACAGUCUUGUCUUGAGACGCAGUUCUGUGAAACAGCAACUGUCAUGCUCAAAGUUGCUCCCUCCAAAACCUUGGAGUCGAGCAGAAGUAGUCCCUGCAACCGUCCAACGGAGGUCAACAGUACGGCCACGCCAAACAUGUCCUCCAACCAUGAUUCACGAGGUUGGAGUUUCCUACAGUUUCUCGACAAUGUUUCUUCAGCUCCCAAAGAAACAAUGGAGAAAGAAAAUGUGUACGUCCAUCCUUUGACGAAGCAAUAUUCAUCCUCAAGACUGAGCGAAAAAAGCUUGGAAUUAUGCACUGAAAAUUUGGGGAGUGAGACGGGCAGUGAUAUCAUGGAUAUCAGCAUUUUGUCACUGUCUUCAUCCAAUUCUCCAACGAGCUCUGAAGAUUCUUGGAUAAAACAAGAAGGAAAGCUGCCUCAAGAAGCGGAAACAUCAUCGAAGUGUAAGGUGAAUAAUUCUCGAAAUUUUCCACCUCCCUUGACUACAAUAAGUGGUUCAAAUUCACUCCAAUUUAGACCCCACCGGGAAGAUGGAAGAUUAGUUAUUCACGCCGUCGAGGCCCCAUUGAAACAUAACUAUUUUCAAGCCGAACGAAGCCAUGGCCGCCUUAGGCUAUCUUUUUUGAUAGAUCAUGCUACUAAGUUUGCCUCGCAAUUGACUCGAAUGGAAGAAGAUGAAGUCGAUGUUAGUGACGACGAAGAUGAAGAUUGCUAUCAACUAGAGGAAGAAGAAGAUGACGAAGAAGGAUGCAAUAUUUUUGAUGUUGAUGUUGAAACGGGAAGGGAAAAAUUUCACAGGCUAAUGACUACUAGAUGCAACGAAGGUGGGCACGGGAACAACGGAUUGUGUAAUUGGCAGGAGCCUGUAUGGGUGGCUACAUCCUAAAGUUUUUUCUUGUAUCUUUUCUUCUAAAAUCCAAUUUCCACAAAUUUUUCUUUUUGGU